AAAAUCUAAACAUUUAUUCUCUUCUGAUUUUAGCACAGCUCUUUCAUGGCUGUCACGUUUCGGAUAUCGAUUCUUCUCCACCUCUUCCUUCUGUUCUUCAUCUCCGUCUUGCCUUUCUCUUAUGCCCAGGGAUCACCUCAAAACAUUGAAGUCUUCUACCCAACUCAAACUCCACCGCCAGUCUCACCCAUCCCUGAAGCAACACCGCUUGAUUCACCGCCGCCAUCAACGUCGUCAUCUUCGGGGAACGACAGCAACCGUACUAUUGCGAAGGCAGUAGCUGCGACCGCCGGAAGCACUAUUGUUAUUGCAGCGGUAUUCUUCUUUUUGAUCAGAAGAUAUGUUCUUGCUCGGCGUGGAAGGGAGGGAACUCGAGAUAGUUCUCAGCCGAGAGUGCCCCCGGAUGAGUUCGGUAGAGUUAAUGGGAACAUAAAGGGCUUAAUCGUAGAUGAAAAUGGCUUGGAUGUUCUUUAUUGGAGGCAGCUUCAAAACGGAGGUACCAUAAAUGGGUUCCGCCAAGAGGUUUUGCAUGUUACGAAAGAUGAAGAAGAAGAAGAAGGCGGUGGAAUGGUUCGGAAAGGUAAUAGAAGCAAAAAGGUGGAGCCUGCAAAUGAAAUUCCUUUGCUUCGUGGGAAAUCUUCAACUUCCCAUGUUCCACCUCCUGAAGAUGAAGAUUCAAGUGGAAAUACGAGUCCUUCAACUCCUCCACCGUCGUCUCAUGGGAUUGCUUUAAAAGCUGUUGAGAAAAGAGAAGCUCCGGUUCAAUCAAAAUCUGGCCCUCCACCGCGGUCUCACGGAAUUGUUUUAACAGCUGCUGAGAAAAUUGAAGCUCCGGUUCAAUCAAAAUCUGCCCCUCAACCGUCGUCUCAAGGGGUUGUUUUAAAAGCUGUUGAGAAAAUAGAAGCUCCAGUUCAAUCAAAAUUUUCCCCUCCACCGCCAAUGCCACCGCAGCCUCCACCAAAUAGAACUCCAGCAGCAGCACCGCCUCCUCCUCCGCCGGUUCCAGCGAAAGGCCCUGCCCCGCCACCACCACCAUCUAAAAAAGCCGGCGGUUCAGUUACGACCUUGAAACCUCCUCCACCUGCCACCGAUAAGUCCGGUAGCGGUAAAUCAGGGGAGUCUUCUGGAGAUAGUGAUAAUAGUCAGGUGAAAUUGAAGCCAUUGCAUUGGGAUAAAAUGAACAAAAAGAAUGCUGAUCAUUCCAUGGUAUGGGACAGAAUCAAUGGCGGAUCUUUUAAGGUUGAUGAUGAUCUUAUGGAAGCUUUAUUUGGAUAUGUGGCUACAAAUAAGAAAUCCCCUACCGGUGAAAAGAACACAAAGAGUGCUAACACUGGCUCAUCGGCACAGAUCAUGGUUCUCGAUCCCCGAAAAUCGCAGAACAUUGCAAUUGUGCUUAAAUCCCUGGCUCUAUCUCGUAAGGAACUUCUUGAUGCACUCAAUGAAGGCCAAGGUCUUGAGGCCGAUACUCUUGAAAAGCUCAUGAGGAUUGCUCCCACAGAAGAAGAACAGUCCCAAAUCCUUGAUUUCGACGGCGAUCCGAUGAGACUCGCCGAUGCCGAGUCCUAUUUGUUCCACAUUUUAAAAGCUCUUCCUUCGGCCUUCACACGCCUUACUGCCAUGCAGUUUAGAUUGAACUACGAUUUGGAAGUUCUCCACAUGAAGGAGUCUUUACAAACUUUAGAGCUAGGGUGCAAGGAGCUUCGAUCUCAAAGACUGUUCAUGAAACUCCUCGAAGCUAUACUGAAGGCCGGCAAUCGCAUGAAUGCCGGGACUGCCAGAGGCAAUGCUCAAGCUUUUAACCUUACGUCGCUGCUUAAGCUUUCCGAUGUUAAAAGCAUGGACGGAAAGACUACUCUACUCCACUUUGUGGUCGAAGAAGUAGUCCGGUCUGAGGGAAAGAAAUGCUUUAUCAGCCGAAGUCACAGUUUGAGUCGCAGCAGCAGCAGCAGCCGAAACAACCAUAACACCAGUGGCAAUUCGACAGCAAAAGUGGACAGAGUGAAGGAAUAUGUAACGCUCGGAUUACCGGUGGUAGGAGGCCUCAGUGCCGAGUUCACCAACGUGAAGAAAGCAGCCACCAUAGAUUUCAACACAUUUUCAGGCACUUGCUCGGCUCUUGCUGCUCGUGUAGCUGAAACCAAGCACCUUGUAGUGCAAUGCAUGGCUGAUGGAAAAGGGGGAUUCGUGCAAGAAAUGAAAGGGUUUGUCGACACCGCCGAAGAAGAACUGAAGGCGUUAAGAGAGGAGCAAAGAAGAGUGAUGGAUAACGUAAGAAGAACAACAGAGUACUAUCAAGCAGGGGCUUCGAAGGACCAGUUCCAAGUAUUCGUCAUCGUUAAAGACUUCCUCACCAUGGUCGACCAGGCAUGCGUAGAAAUAGCUAGGAACCAACAAAGGAGGAAGUCAUCAACAGCAAAUUAUGGACCACAAUCACCAAAUUCACAGGAGUCAAGAACCAAAAUGAGGUUCCCGGUGUUGCCAGCAAAUUUCAUGUUGGAUAAAUCGAGGAGCGAUUCCAGCAGAUCGGAUAUAGAUUCAUGAACACGAAGAGAUGUUCGUCGUAAAGGGCAAUGUACAUAAACCUCAUACGAAAGGUGUAGAUUCGAAACAGCUAGAGAAAAUUGUUUUUAAAAUUCUUCCAUUUGUUUUGUACUAAGUUUUGAUGAAAAGUGGUAAAUAAUAUUCAAGUCUGAUUUUUCUGAUUCAAA